AUGCACCAAAUUUUAUCAUCAACAUCACCAUCUAUCCUCCACGGACGACAACGCAGACAGACAACUUCAUCGAAUACAUCCACCAACAACAUCAACGGGCCUCGUCUUUCCUCCUCCUCCUCCUCCUCCUCUUUUCUUCGUAACGACAUCGUCGACAACAAAUUCAAACUGGUAAAGAAAAUGCAACGAACGUUCUUCUCUCGAAGUAGAAGAAAUCUGCUUUACCCUUCCUCGUCGUCGUCUUCACCUUGGACGAGUGGAAUGCUCUCAUCAACACUCAACAACAUCGUUGGUUUCGGAGGAAGAAGCGAGAGUCGGAAUGGUGCAGUCGCCAUGGCGGCGAGACAGCAUUCGAGCGAUACGAGCAGGAGUCGAUCACCUACAACUACUUUUUUCUCAAAACAGCACCAACCGCAGCGCCGGCUUUCCUUAACGUCAUCUUGCUCUUCACCGUUAACAAAAACAGCAACUCGAGCGAUUUCUACUUCCAGCGAGAGCAUGCAAGAUUACGAUUCGAGUUCUAUUCAAGUCUUGGAAGGGUUAGAACCUGUACGCAAACGUCCCGGGAUGUAUAUCGGUAACACCUCCACGAAAGGUUUGCACCAUUUAGUCUGGGAAAUAUUAGAUAACGGCGUGGAUGAGAUUCAAGCAAAUCACGCGAGUAAUGUCCAGCUGACGUUGGAGAAAACAGGACACGUCGUCGUAACUGAUAAUGGUCGCGGGAUUCCAGUUGAGAUUCACCCAAAAACUGGCAAGUCAAGUUUGGAAACAGUGUUGACGAUAUUACACGCCGGCGGUAAGUUUGGCGGAGCCGAGUCGGGAUAUUCCGUGAGUGGCGGCCUGCACGGCGUGGGCGUUUCAGUCGUGAACGCUCUAUCGGAAGAGUUAGAAGUGACGGUUUGGAGAGGCGACAAGGAGUAUUUCCAAACGUUUUCGAGAGGGAAGACAACUUCGGAGCUACAAGUCUCUGAGAGAAAGGCAAAAGAUGGGAAUCCGAAAACCGGGACACGAGUGCGAUUUAAGCCCGAUAACAUGAUUUUCCAAAAAGUACAAGAGUUUGAUCCAAACAUUAUUCGCGCAAGAAUGAAAGAACUAGCGUUUUUGAACUCGAAUGCCGAGCUUCGCUUUACGAGCGUGGAUAGCAAAACCAAGGAAAUGAAAGAAGACGUGUUGAAAUACCCGAACGGCUUGACGGAUUACAUCGUAGAUUUGAACAGCGAUAAAAAUGCAAUCCACGAACCGAUUACGUUGAAAACAGAGCACGAAGGAGUUAAAGUUGAGUUAUGUUUGCAGUGGACGCACGAUGAUUACUCGGAUACGAUUUUAGGCUACGCAAACUCGAUUCGGACCAUCGACGGUGGAUCUCACAUCGACGGUUUGAAAUUUUCGUUGACGCGUGCUUUCAACACUGCGGCAAGAAAAGCGAAGUUGUUGAAAGCAGAAGAUACUAAUUUAGGAGGGGAUCACAUUCGCGAAGGUUUGUCAGCCGUCAUUGCCGUGUGGGUGCCACAACCCGAGUUUGAAGGUCAAACGAAAACUCGUCUUGGAAAUUCCGAAGCGCGGAAAGCUGUCGAAGCUAUGAUUUCAGAAAAGUUCACGGAAUACCUCGAGUUUCAUCCCGAGGUUUUAUCCUCCGUUUUCAAAAAAGCACAAGCCGCGCUCAAAGCUUCCGAGGCGGCUAAACGAGCGCGAGAUUUAGUGCGCAGGAAAUCCGUGUUGCGAUCGUCUUCGUUGCCAGGUAAACUUUCCGAUUGCGCGAACUCAAACGCCGACGAAACUGAGAUUUUUCUCGUCGAAGGUGACUCCGCCGGUGGAUCGUGCAAACAAGGACGAGAUCGCGCGUUUCAAGCGGUGUUGCCGUUGCGUGGUAAGAUUUUGAACGUCGAACGUAAAGACGAACAGGCUAUGUAUAAGAACACGGAAAUUCAAUCGAUGGUGACCGCGCUCGGUCUCGGCGUCAUGGGUGAAGAUUUCAAUGUGAACAACUUGCGAUACUCAAAAAUAAUCAUCUUAACCGAUGCCGAUGUUGAUGGUGCGCACAUUCGAACGCUUUUAUUGACCUUUUUAUAUCGAUAUCAAAAAGCGCUGUUCGAACAAGGACACAUCUACGUUGCCGUGCCUCCACUUUAUAAAGUCGAGUCGGGAAAGAAAAAUGUGAAGUAUUGCUACGACGAAUUAGAGCUCAAGAAACACUUAGAUACAUUAGGAGAUAAUCAACCAAAGAAUUUGCAGCGAUUUAAAGGUUUGGGUGAAAUGAUGCCGCAGCAACUAUGGGAUACGACGUUAGAUCCCAAGACAAGAACUUUGCGCAGACUCACGGUGGACGAUGCAGCUAUGGUCAAUCACACGUUUUCGCUGUUAAUGAGCGAUAAAGUAGGACCGCGCCGCCAGUUCAUCGAAGAUGAAGGACCGGACUUGAUGAAUCUCGACGUGUAA